CAGCCACGCUCAGAAAGCUCUUGAACUUCGUUGAAUGUAGACCGGCAGUAUAUAACACUCGCAAUUAACACCAUCAUCAUUGUACAUCCCAAGUAACACCUUCAAACCAAUCCUCUUACAUCCACGGUCUCUCUCGUACGAUCAUUCCGGCGUUUGCUUGUUGUGAAGGAAAUUAUACGAGGCAAGAUGGGCGAGGUGGCUGUAAAUGGUCUUGAGCCGAUCAUGGCCGCCGACCCGGUGGACGACGAGCUGCUGCUGAACGGAUCGCCUUCUGAAACCAAGGAAAAUAUCGAGGGGCUUGUGAAUGGUGUAGUAGAACUAACUGAGCGCAUCAAGCGCCGAGCUAAACGACCUUCCAAGUUUAUGACCAAAGAAUUAAGUCGAGCGAACUCUGAUACGCAGGUAAUAGCCCCUCUGCGUGCGCUCAAGAAUUCUCGCAAGUCGCGCAAUGGCUUUGGACGCGGCCUUCCUAAGAAGGGUGGUGCAGGUGGUAAGGGGACGUGGGGAGCCCUCGGUUCCGAACUAGCUGAGGAGGAGCUAGAUGGAGCCAUUGACUCCAACGACCCUAACUACGAUGAAUCCAACCCUGAACAUCGAGACUUUAAGCUGAAGGUUAUUAAUUUGGACAGAUCUGACGAAGAACUACAGAAACAAAUAUCAUCUCUAGUGGCUGAAUAUUUCGACCAUGGGGAUACACACGAGACCUAUCUGUCGCUGGAGGAGUUGCAGGUGUCAACUCGAGCGCACUUGGUGUUAGUGACAGCGAUUGAGUUGGCCAUGGACCACAAGCCCUCUCACCGGGAGAUGACCAGUGUCCUCUUGGCUGAUCUCUAUGGGCACAUGCUUUAUGAGCCACACUAUACCAAAGGUUAUGAUGUGCUUAUAAAGAACCUCAGUGACCUGGUGCUGGACACUCCGGACGCUCCAACUAUCCUGGGCAAUUUUAUUGCCCGAUCCAUUGCAGAUGAUUGCAUACCCCCAAAGUUCCUCCAAAGUUAUAAAGGCAAAGUGGCCUGUGAGCAUGCAGUUGUGACUUUAGCAAGAUCAGAUAGCUUGCUAUCCAUGCGUCAUGGGCUGGUGAGACUGGACAAUGUGUGGGGUGUUGGAGGGGGCACUCGCCCUGUUAAGUACCUGGUGAAGAAGAUGGUACUCCUUCUAGAGGAGUACCUUUCUUCUUCAGAUAUUGCAGAGGCUACUAGAUGCCUUCAGGAACUGGAGGUGCCUCACUUUCAUCAUGAAUUGGUGUAUGAAGCUGUUGUAAUGGCGCUAGAAAAGAUGGAUGACCGUACCUCAAAAAUGAUGUGUGAUUUGCUAGGGUCACUACACUGUGCCAUCAUCAUUACACCGACUCAGAUGAAAGCUGGGUUUGUCAGAGUAUAUGACGAUAUGCCACAAAUCUGUGUGGAUGUGCCUCCAGCUUAUUCGAUUUUGGAGAGAUUUGUCAUGAGGUGCCAUGCUGCCAAGGUUGUUUCUGAUGAUGUGGUCAAGAAAUUACCUGUCAGGGGCCGUAAACGCUUUGUGUCCGAGGGUGACGGUGGUCGUGUCAAAGAUGAUGCCUAUUUCUAAUCAGUCAGCCCACACAACUCUGAUGCCACUAAGGAAUUUCAAUAGCUGGACUCUAGUUUGGUUGUAUUAUGGACUAUGAUUUGUUUAAUAUGUUAUUUCUUAGGAUGCAUUCCUAAAGUCAAUGUGAAUGAUUGAUAGUCGAGUAUUUUGCACGGAAUACUUAUUUGGGUAUUAUGUAUUGCGUAAAAUGUAUUAUUUUACUUUGAUGUACGCCACUUAGUGUACCCCAAGAGAAAGAUUUUUUUUAAUUUUUUUGUUUUUUUCCUUUUAAAUAAUGCAGAGAAUUCCUAUGUGGCAUCCUAGCAAAAUUCAUCAGAUGCAGAGAGGAGACUUGACAUCCACAGAUACUAUCAAAGCUGGUCUCUGUCAAUGUGAUGGCUGUUGCUGUGUGGACUGAGUUUCCAUGUUGUUUGCAAGUAUUCAGAUUACUGUAAUGUGGAAUCUUUGAUAAGUAUGUAACAUGUGGAAAAAAAAAAAAGAGUUCUUAACAUCAUUUGGAUCUCACGUGUAUGUCAGACAUGUUUAUCUUCAUUUUACUGAAAUUGGAAAUAUAACUGUAAUGUAAACAGGUGGAGACUCUGCUUGUACUGUAGUCAGGUAGUGCGUUGCUUAAUGUCCCACACCUUAUGCUUAAUACCACUUCCCUAGACGAAGGCACACGGGUUGGGAACUGUUCUAUUUAAGCCAAAGGAAGCCUGUCGUUUUGAUGGAGUCCGGAAUUCUCAACGCAGGGUAUAAAGGAUUUGGAAAUUUCCAGAAUAAAGCAAAUUGCAAUGGAAAGGAGUAACCUACCCUGUGUGCCCUCCUUUAAGGAAUGGGGAGGUUAGCUUGCUCCUGACAGUCUUUUUUGCCAACGUGGUCAUUUACUGAUAAUUGGCAAUACAUCAAGUACGGUAUUGGUUAAAGUGUGAAUUGUUUGCUGCGAUGAACUUAAACCAUAAAAUCUAUUAUUUGUCUGGCACCACGUUGGUGCACCUUAAGCUUUAUUGUUCCCUACUGAGCCGUACCUGUGUAUCAAUCAUGCAUAUACUUGUUGCAUAUAGCAAAGGAUCAGUUGCUCACUUGUGAAUACUAUUUUUUCUAUUGUAAAGACUAUGGGUUAGGAAAGCAUAUAAUGUUUUACGGUUAGAGCAAGUUUUCUUUUGACUAAGUGAGAUUUAUACUCUUGCCAAGUUGAGCAAGAGUUGGAAGUACAAGACUAAUUUUAGUUUUGAAACUGCCAAAAAUAAUAAUAAAAAAAAAAUUAAUAUCUCUGGCCAUCCCUUAGAGAGGGGCCUGGGACCAGGGAAGAGGAUUGGUAUAAAAUAAAUAACUUUGUCAGGAUAGAUGCAUAGUGAGGAUAAUGAAUAUAUUGUUUAGUUUUUUUCAUAAUGAAGUAACAAUUUUUCUUUUUGAAUGUUAACUUUUCAGUGAAUGUGCUGACAGGAAUCAUUCAAUUUAUAUCUUAAUUUUUGAUUAUUACUAUUGACCUCACAUUUUCAGAAUGCAUCUGUUUGUGACAGGGUAUCAUAAUUACCUUGGGAGUCAUUGAAUUGAUUGUAACUGCACAAGAAAAAGUACAAAAAAAUUGUAAAAGUGAAAAAUGAUAAUAAAAAUUGCAAAAUAGUUAUA